AUGAACCAAGUAUUUUUUUCAAAAAUUCGAAGUUUAGUAUCAGCAGAUAGACAUAGAUUCAAAUCAAAGGAAAUGGAUUUAGAUUUAGAUUUAUCCUAUAUUACAGAUAAUAUAUUGGCAAUGGGAUUUCCAGGUACAGGCUUAGAAGCAAGUUGGAGAAAUUCUAUUGAUGAUGUUUGUGAGCUACUAAAACAAAAACAUCAUGGAAAAUACAUGAUUUGGAAUUUAUCAGAAAGAGUUUAUGAUUAUUCCAAAUUAAAUAAUCAAAUUUUAGAAUUUCCAUUUUUAGAUCAUCAUCCACCACCAUUAAGUUUAUUAUUUGAAAUUGUAAAUUCAUUAUCAAAUUGGUUAAAAGCAGAUGCAGAGAAUGUAGCAGUGGUCCAUUGUAAAGGUGGUAAAGGUAGAACUGGUACUAUAAUUUGUUGUUAUCUUUAUUAUAGUUGCCAAUUUGAAAUAAUGGACGAUGCAAAGAAUCAUUUUGCAGAGAAAAGAUCAAAAAUGAAAAAAGGUGUAACUCAACCUUCACAACAACGUUAUAUAAAUUAUUUUAAGGAGAUUGUAUCAGGUAGUCAUAUGGUUGAAGAGUUUGUGUUAACAUUUCGUUCAAUCGAAUUAGGACCAUUAACAAAAGAUCAAGCAAAUUCACUUUCAUUUGAAAUUUUUGAACAUGCAAAAGAACCAAUACUAAAUUUUGCAAGUUCUUCAAAUUCAAUUCAAAUUGUACCAAUAAAUAAUGAUAAUUCAGAAUCUAAUAAUAAUAAUAAUAAUAAUAAUAAUAAUAAUAAUAAUAAUAAUAAUCAACAACAACAACUUUAUAAAAUUAUAAUAUUAAUACAGAAAAAAGUUCAAAAUGAUGUUUUAAUUAGAGUAUAUAGGGGUGAUACAGGUAAAGGAAAAGGAAAGAUGAAGAAACAGAUAUUUCAUUUAAUUUUUAAUAUUGCAUUUGUAAAUUUAGAUCAAUGUUUAUUUGGUAUGAAUGAAUUUGAUCAUUUUAAGAGUUCAAAGAAAUAUGAUCCAAAUCUUCAAAUGGAAUGUAGAUUUCAAAAUAAUUGUACUGGUGCACCUGAUCACUCUUUUAAAAUUUGGAAUAUUAUGGCAUUACAAUAUCAAAGAACAAAAUCAUCUUUAAAUAAUAGUAUUACUGAUAUAAAGAGUAUUAAUGAAAUUAAUUCAACUAAUAAUAAUAAUAUUUUAGCAUCUUCAGCCCCAACACCUUUAACUACAACAACUACUACCACUACAACAACUACUACAACCUCAUUACCAUCUUCUGAACACUCAACACCACAAAUAUUAAUUUCUUCAUCAGAUGCUAAUUUAGAUUUAAAAAAUUGUAAUAUAAACUGUGAUAGUAGUAGUGGUGGUGGUAGUAAUAGUAGUAGAAAUAGUAAUAGUAAUAGUAGAGGUGGAAGCAGUAAUAGCAGUAGUAAUAGGAGUAGUACAAGUAGCAGGAGUAGUAUUACGACUGAUAGUAUAAAACCAAGUUGUAGUAGUGAUAGCAUUUGUAACAAUAGUAGCAUUUGUAAUAAUAGUUGUAAUAAUAAUAAUAAUAAUAAUAAUAAUAAUAAUAAUAAUAAUAAUAAUAAUAAUAAUAAUAAUAAUAAUAAUAAUAAUAAUAAAAAUAGUAAUAAUAAUAAUAAUGAAAGUAGUAGUAAUAGUAAUGAUGAUUCAGAUAGUGAAGCCUCAAUUAGGAAAAGAAAAAAUACACUUUGGAGUAGUGGCUCAUCUAUUAAACUUAAACCAUCACCAAAUUUAUCAAGACUUUCACUUUUUAAUGGUCACAGACAAUCAUUCACUAAAAAAAUCAAUCCAAAUAAUAAUGAAGAAAAUGUCGAUCAAAAAACACUACCAAUCUUAAAAAAAGAAACUAAUGAUCCAAGUGAAAGUGAUAUUAAAAAUGUAGAGAUAAUACAAGAUUAA